UCAGCGCGCAUGCGCCACGAAGGGUUCUGUUCGCAAAACGUCGCUGAAGUUCGCGUCCGAUUGGGAAUUUGCGGGCAAAUUUUAGAGGAAAUGGGAUUUUCAAAAUAAAGCAGCUUUUGUGUUCAUAUUUCUGCGGUGAAACAGAUCAUUCAGGGAUUCUGUGACCAGCCGGAGUUUCUCUGAAGGGUUUUCUCUGCAUAAACCAAACCAGCUGAUCAUUUGAGCUUUUUGACUCAAAACUGUUUCCACAUCACCUGAUCUCCAUGGAAGAUGUUCCUCCGGGCGCUGUGGUCCAGACGGGGGGCUCUGCGGCCCGCCGAGAGAUUCCGGGUCUUCUCCUCCGUCCUCCAUGGCUCUGAUCCCAAACCCAGACCUGCGUCCUCCGAAGCUCCUCCCCCUCAGCACAGAAGGCUCCACCCUCCGUCUGGACUCAGAAGUUCUGCUCGUUUCUACUCAACCAGCAUCGUAAAGUCGGUGUUGAAGUCGGGUCUGAAACCGGCGCCGCUGCCUGGAAAAAGGGCCCCUAAGGGCCCCCGCACCAAGCAGCCAUCACGGGCCAACCAGCCAUCCCAGAAGCAGGACGAGGACAUGAUGCAAUGCAUCGCCUUCGCCACAGCGGACCAGUACCACCUACCGACGCUCUGCCACGACUUAACCAACCACGGCUUCCAGGAGAUAGACCUGCCACGAGAUGCCUCCAAUGUUCUGGGGAUGAGCACAGAGACGGCUGCCAAACCAGAAGACGACGCUCUGAUGUUCUUCUUCAGGGAAGGAUCCGUUGUUUUCUGGAACGUUGAGGAGAAAACGAUGAAGCAGGUUCUGAGGGUUCUGGAGCAUCAUGAGAUCCAGCCGUACGAAGUGGCCUUGGUUCACUGGGAGAACGAGGAGAUCAACUACACGCUUGGAGAGGGGAACACCCGGCUGGAGCGCGGAGACUUCUUCCUGAGCUUGGACAUCAGUCAGCAGGAGGCGGUUCUGGAGAAGUUUGCGUUUUCCAACGCGCUGUGUUUGUCUGUGAAGUUGGCCAUCUGGGAGGUGGCUUUAGACAGCUUUGUGGAGUCCAUCCAGUCCAUCCCAGAGACUCUGAAGUCUGGAAAAAGAAUUCGGCUGUCCUCUGCAGAGGUCAUGCAGAAGAUCGGAGAGCUUUUCACUUUGAGACACUGCAUAAACCUGAGGUCCGACCUGCUCAUCACUCCUGACUUCUACUGGGACAGAGAAAACCUGGAGAAGCUCUACGAAAAGACGUGUCAGUUCCUCAGCAUCAACCGCAGAGUCAACGUGGUGAACGAGAAGCUGGAGCACUGCUCGCAGCUCACAGACCUGAUGAGGAGCCACCUGAGCGAGAAGCACAGCCUGAGGCUGGAGUGGAUGAUCAUCAUCCUCAUCACCAUCGAGGUCAUGUUUGAACUUGCCAAAAUGAUCUUCUGAGGACGCUGAAGAUGGUGAACGUUUGUCCACAAAACAAACCAAAUCUUUCUGCUGGACUUCCAACCUUCAAAAUAAAGGUCUGCUGACUUGGACGUGUCGCAGCCGCAGUCAAAGCUGCGUCUGCGUGACCAUCGGGGGAGGGAAGACACCAGCGGGAUGUGCCGUUAAUAAUUUAUUAAGAUCAACAUUGUUUCUGCUCAAGCUGAAUACAGGAGAGAGUUUACAAAAGUUAAAUGUGGAUUAGGAGGAGAGACCAGAAAACGCUGCAUUCAGGUGCUGCAGGAAAGGGCAGCGCAGGAAUCAGAUUAAAUGCUUGUUGUCAUUGGUUCAUCAUGCCUUCUGGGUAAAAACGAGAAGCUGGAAAAGCACUGAUCCUGUACAGUUCAAAUCUGCUGAUCCAGCUUCUCCUGCAGGAGUUGAAGGCUUGACGUAUCUACAUGCAGACGCUGUGAUGGGAGCAGUUUGUUAAAAAGGAGAUCUGUACGGACAUCAGCGUGAAGAAACAGAUGAGCUCCUCCUGAGAAGAUCUGCGACUCCACGGCUUUAGUGUCAGCAGGAGGAGCAUCUCAGCGGGAGGAUGGGUGGAGGAGCUCCUCCUCCUUCCUCUGGUUAGUUUUUCAGGCCUGUGAAGGAAACGGAGCGUCAGGAAAAGCGUUUUUCAUGAAGGUCUCCCUCUAGUGUCUGCUUUAAGGAACUGCAGCAGCAACUGUUCCCUGAUAAUAAAGAACUUUGAAGCAUCU